GCUGCCGGGAUGCAGAGAAGAGGAACAGAGGAGGAACUCACCGCUGCUGUGGAGACUGAAACCUGAAGAAGAGUCUCAUCUCUCUCCAGCUUCAGACGGAGAAACACCUGCAGCGGACAUGACCGUAACAGCCAAACACUGGACUCCUGAUCCCCAGUGACCCGCAUCACCAUGCCAACCCCCCCAAUCCUCACGGCAACAAGGAGUCCUCGGAGAAAUCGCUAGGUUUACAACCGUGAGCCUUCAUAAAGCUGAUCCAGUCAGAGAAGGAGAGGCAGGAGGCAGGAAGAGAUGCCUUCCCAGCGUGGCGUCCAGCUGAUCUUCUUGUUCCUGUUGAAGAUGGGACCUGUGGGAGCAUGUGUGUGUCCAGAAGCCACUGUUUUAUCCCACUUUCCCUUUGAGAUACCUGCUGACGCCUGUUGCUUGAACUACUCCGGCUCCACUUUCAGCCAUGUGCACUGGUCUGUGUUUACCAACGAGACGAACAUUAACACUCUGGAUCUCUCCUUCUGUAAUAUCAGCUCUGUUAAUAUGACCGGUAAAGACGUGUCUACCUUACAGAGGGUUCUCUUAGGUCAUAACAGACUCACAGUGUUGCCGAGGGGGUUUCUAAGCGGGCAGCCGAGGCUAACGGAGGUGGAUUUGAGCGGGAAUCUGAUUCAGGAGCUGCCUGAGGGUUUCCUCCAGGAAUCAGACGUCCUCCAGAAGCUGAAUCUGCAGGGGAACCAGCUUCGCCUCCUCCCAGACUCUGUGCUUGUGAGGCCCCGUCUGCAAACACUGGAUCUGGAUGGGAACCCGUGGGAUUGCUCUUGUUUGUUACUGGAAGGCCUGGAGGACGCUGGGAAGUUGAACAGGACCGUUAAGAUGCAGGAUCUGGUGAGGAACCUGACCUGCGUGACUCCUCGGCACCUGGCCGGCAGGACGGUGUUCUCGGUGAGAAUCAGUGACGUGUGCCGCCCAGCUGGUCUCACCGCGCUCUUCAUCGUGCUGCCGCUCCUCAUCCUCUCUGCCCUGGUGCUCUGCUGGUGCUGCGGGAGGAAGAGGAAGAAGAAGGAAGCGUCAUUAAGCACUUCGAAAAAGAGAGCUACCAACUCCAGUAUCGGCCAGAAGCAUCGCGGCAAGCAGAAACCUACGCCUGGCGAUCAGAAUAAAGCCGAACACAAAGAGGGGAUCCUGAAGAACCAGUUGCUGCUCCGCCCAGCCUCCACCCUGCUGGGCAGCACCAGAGACAUCUACGAAGAGGUGGAGAUUAAGCUGGGUUCGGUGGAGUCUCUUCCUCCUGUGACCUCCAUCUGCUCGUCAGAGGGGAAGCAGGUUCCUCCGGGCUCUGAAGGGACCAAGAAGACCGAGCUGGACACGGUGAGCGUGACGGAGGUGAUGAAGGACUCGACUGACAGAGAGAAGGCGUACCUCACUCAGAGCACCGAGUACUACAGCCUGGUGCCCGGGAUCGAGCUCGAGGACUCGGACCACGGAGAGUAUGAGAACGUCAGCCUCUCGUGACACCAGGUCAAAAUAAUUUUUUACAAGAGUCACAUGAGAAGAUUUUAAUCCUAUAUGUUUGUUUUAAAGUUCUCUAAAAUCUAGGGCUGCAACUAACGAUUAUUUUGGUAGUCGACUAAUCGGUCGAUUAUUUUUUCGAUUAGUCGACUAAUCUAACGAUUAUUUUAAGUUUGGAAUUAAUUACAGCGUCCAUAAAGCUCUAGUGUGCUCUACUACGCUGUAAGCUUGGCGCUGUUGAGCAGCUCGUUGGUGGACACGCAGCCUCAACAUAACUGAAAUAGCGUUUGCUUAGCAAGCAUUAACCAUGAGACGUUCUGUUUUCCGACAUGUAAGCUAACGUAAACAUGACUAUGGCUAACUUGCUCAAACUUACCCAUGAUCCAAAGUAGCAGUCCUCACGGUUCGAGGGUGCUUGCGUUUUAAAUGCUCGUGCAUCACUGUAGUGCUGCCGUGGAAUGCCAAUUCCCCUUUACAAAUUCUGCAUUUCACUGACUUCUUUGGCUUGUCGUCUGUGAAAUACUUCCACACUUUCGAAACUCUCGGUCUCGCUUUUUUGAGCUCUUCAUCACCCUCAUUCUCUCUCCUUUCCGCCAUCGUUCGUAUUCUUUCUUCUUUGUUGUUAGUACAGAAUGCAGUCAUGGCAGACAAUGGAGAGUAUACUGCCCCCAGCACUUCCUGUAGUGCAUUGCAGUUACAAAUGAACAUUUGCGCAGUUUUGAAUUAACGUUACCGGCUCUCUGAUUGUUUUUAUACGACGCGUCGACACUAAAAUUCCGCGUCGACGAAUUUUUAUGAUCGACGUCGUCGAUUAUGUCGACUAAUCGUUGCAGCCCUACUAAAAUCUAUUUGCUCAAUCAGCUUCUCGGUUUGGAGUCAAACCAAAAACGUUGUUAAGAUAUGAUAAGACUUUAUUUAUCCCGAAGGAAAUUGUUGUGCCAGAAGUACAAAAAUACAAAAAACACAGCAGCAAAGUUCAGUUAAUUCACACUCACAGAUUUCUGCAUUUGUUUUUAUCCGUGCUCUUUUCACUGGUUUGAACAUCGUUGAGUGUUGAACUGCAAAAUAUGGAUAUGUUCCUUUACUUAAACUUUGGCUAAUGUUUAUUUAGUGAUAAACAUUCAUUUUAAAGAGAAACUUAAGUUUUGAAACCAAGUUUUUUAGGGGCUUAAAGUAUAGAGCCGUUAGCUUAGCAUAAAGACUGGCAGCAGGGGAAACGGCUAGCAUGACUGUGUUGUGUUUGUUUCUACAUGUCGAUUCAACUUAUUAGAUACAACCUAGAAAUGAGUGAGCUUUGUUGAAACCAGAAAGUGGUCAAGUUUAAGUUUAUCCACCCACUCUUUUUGAAUUAGGCAAGGCUAGAAGCUUUUUGAAGAUGUCACUAUUUUGCAGAGCUAGUUUGAAAGCUACUGUAGCUGGUUAGCUAACAGCUAACAAGAAAACUGCUAGCGCUAGUCAGUCACCAAAGUUGUGAUAUAUGGCUGUGCGGGUUAAAAGAUCUUUACCAUUCAAACCUCUUUUGAAUCGUCCAUCUCCCUUUAUUUGUUUACAAUGUUCUCUGCAAAUACAGCCCUUACCAAUAUUUGAAUAUGUUAGUUUAUAUAAAUAAGAUAGGAACAUGGGACAUGCUAAGCUAGGCUAAGCUAAUCCUGUCUCUGAGAACCUGCAUCUUUCUUCUCAUCUAACUCUUGGCAAGUGUGUGUGUGUGUGUGUGUGUGUGUGUGUGUGUGUGUGUGUGUGUGUGUGUGUGUGUGUGUGUGUGUGUGUGUGUGUGUGUGUGUGUAAUCAAGUUGUCUAUUGUCUGAGAGAGAGAUGUGCUAUCACAAUGUAAGAGGAAGUGAUUUAAUCCGGAGCUGUUCCUGUGGGACCUGAGGAACGCAGUGACGUUUGAAAGGGAGGCCCGCUUUUUUUCUCUGGAAAAAACAGACAUUUAUGAUGUUGCACUCCACGCAAAUGAACACUUCAUAUUGUUUUCACUUGUAUUUCAAAGAGCAGGACAUAUUUUAAAAGCAUUAUUAAUCGAAGUCAGGCAAUCUUUUGUGUGCACUCUCCUUUACCUCACCCAAGUGUAAUAGUUUAAGGCUUUCCAGUUUGACUUGUACUGCAUACAGGAUGUUCUGGAUCCUUCACUUUAAGCUGCACAUCCACAAAUGAACAAUGACUAAUCCAAUUGCAGGGCCAACAGUUAAUUCAUUGUGAAAUGUGGAAUGUAAAGCUUAGGCGAGGAGUCUACAUUUUUAUACGUCACUCACGUACUAAAUGUGCGUAUAUGUUGGAAACAAUCAGCGCAGUCAGAUCUAAAUGCAGGGGAAUGCUAGUUUUAAGAUACAAAUCUCUGUAAAGUAACCUGAGAUACAGAGCAUUUCUGUGCAAUGGUUCUACCACAAAAUGACACCGGAGACACAGAAGACAAAAACAAAAAAAUCAGGGUCAUCCAAGUUGUGGGAAACGUCUCACAAGAACGCUAAUUGGCUUGUGUUUAGUGAGACGGACACACAGAAAGUGGGUGUAGCCUGAAGGGUGUGGAGCUUCCUGGAAUUUAAAACGCCGGAGGUAUAUUUUCCAGUGGGGUUAUCAAGUUUUUUCCAUUAAAGAUGUAUUUAUAGACACUGUGAGGUUUACUGCCAGUGGCCCUUAGGUCAAAAGACAAGCAGACAAAUGAGUGAAUGUUGCUUUUUGUAAUUUUGUACACAGAGAAAUAACCUGAUAUAACAAAUGUGAGUGUAUUGUAGCUACUAGGCAAAAGUAGUUUUACCAUUCUCUUGGUAGCAUUAUUUAUUUGGUUUAUCUUAUUGUUAACUGUCAGAUGUUUCCAAGAAUUGGCUUGACAAA